AUGAAAAAGAUUCUGUCGCGUCUUCGAUCCAAGAAUAAAACAGGCAUACCUGAUUCUAGAAUUACACCGCAAAUUCAAGAAUGUCAGCAAGAAACAGAGGCGAAUAAGCCGCUCGAUGGAAAUGAUGGGCCAAGUGGUGGCAUCAAUAGACCCAACCCUUCCCUCUUGACUGAGAAUACGCCAAUUCGUGAGCUGUGGAAGGUAGCAUACGAGAAACUGCAAGAAGAAGAUGGCGUACUCAUUAAAAACUACGAAGCCGGACUCAGAAAGAGUGUGCCCGACAGCUUGAUUCAAAAUCCUUCUUUCAACGCAAAUAAGAGAGACGAGAUGGAGGCUAUUCUAAGAAUCAAGAUGGCCGAGAUCAAUAAAAAUGCUUCAGGUGUCGCUGGAGUGGACGAUUUCAGGCAGCUCUUCCUCAAAGUUGUGGAUUCAGCCAACGACUAUAUCAGCGGCGCUGCAAGCGCCAACCCAUAUACUUCGAUAGCUUGGACUGGUCUUUUACUGAAUCCUUCAGAACAGAGGGAAGCCCUAGCGAAAGGGCUAGAUUACAUCACGUCUCUUAUUACUCAAAGCCGGAUGAGAGAAGAACUCUACGUUGAGUGCUAUGAGUCAAGAGCCGGGAACCGUGAAAAUUUUCGACAAUCUCAUAGCCAGUACAAAACCGCCUUGGAGAAGCUCUACAGGCAGAUCCUGAGAUUCCAGGCCACAGUCUAUUGCUACUAUACCAAUCUGUCUGCUCUCCGAUUCGCUCAAGAUUCCAUCAAGUGGAAUUCUUGGGAGCAGUUGGUAAACGAGCUUCGCGAUCAAGAGAGUAACUUUGCCGCUAUUGAAGAGAAGUGGCGCGACAUGCAGCGUUAUGAGGAACGCCUAGCCGCUGAAAGACUGCAGCAAUCGACUAUAGACACGUUAUCUGCUCAGCUUUCCGUAUCGCAAAAGGUGUUUGACAGUGCGACAAAAGAAGAAUACGAAGCCUUGUUACAUUGGCUUUGUGAUAUUGAUCCCUCUUCCAUGUAUAAUGCCGCACGCGACAGGCAUGAGACUGGUACGAAUGAAUGGCUACUAAGGGAUAGCAAAGCAUUCAAGCGUUGGGAGACGGAGCAAAAGUCAUUAUUAUGGCUUCACGGGAAAGGCAUGUUGGAAUCUUGA